AUGUCUGAACUGGGCUGCCAGAGCAAGCGCGACAUUGAGCGCUGCAAAGUCAUUUUCGGUGCAGCUGUGAGUUCAUCACCAAAGGUGCAUCGAUUGCUGACAACGGCAGGAACAGAGCCUGUGCAGUGGACGUUGGCGUUCCACGCUACCGAACAACCUGUCGACCCUUUCAUCGGAAUUUGGAAUUUUGGCCGUGGCGAGUUUGAAGACGCCAACCUCAAUCUGCAACAACGGGAUGGAUAUGAAUAUGCAAGGAUUUCUCACCUGGAGAUCAUGCCGCUCUCUCUGGCGGAAAAUGAAGAACACGAUCCUAAGACGAGCCCGAGGCCCAAGUUAGAGCUUGUCGACCAGGUUCCGGAUACAAUAUUCUCAACCUCCCAAACAAUGUCUCAGACAGCAAAGACCAUGAUGGAACAGAAAAUCGCACCGACUCAAGAGACAGGUAACAAUAGCAAACACUCUAAACCUGGGCCUCGGCGAGCAGCAGCUGCACAACUCUCUCCGCCUCUCACUAUCGCAUCAAGGAGGGACCACUCAAAGAGCGCCACGAUAGAAAAAGUCUACGGUUCGGAAAUGACUCCCAACAAGAUGAGCCAUAGCACCUCCCCGAGCACCGAGGAUUCAUGUAGGUCCAUUCCACGCAAGCGUCUCGGGACAAAAAGAAAGCCUAAGCGGCCAUUGCAACUGUUCGAAGACGUUACUUCGAGUCUGCCCCCGACGCAGGUCAUUGGGGAGAGCCAAUCCCUGGGCCAGAGAAGUCAGAUAUGGAACCACCGUCAAAGUGCCGAGUUGGGCACUGAACCAACAACGCAGGACUGGCUGGUCGAGGAGAUAUCAGGUUCAGUCUCACCUGACCCUUUGAGAAUUUUUGACGGUAUUUCAUUGUCCCCGGAAGCGCUCUCGGAUGCCCAGACAUCGCCUGGCGUUGCUCUACUCCGGCAUGCUGCUCCUUCUCCCAACAUCGCGUACCAACUCCGUUUAGGGUCAUCAACAAACGAUGGGGGCUUAAUACGCCUAGAACCACCACCCAGUGUAACAAAUGGCCACAACUGUAUGAGCCAAGGUGAGCUCAGAGCAUCAGCCUCCGCAAAGCUACUCGAUAUUACUAUUAGUGAUGACGAACAGGACUUGAGAAUGGUCGCGGUGGAGGAGCAUCAUGCGCUGUCUCAUACAGCAGCUGAGAAAGGCGAGGGGCUCGAUAUCAGUUUCAACUUCUCACCGCAUACCGUUUCCCGACGAGCAUCACUGUUUCAAGACAUCCCCAACAGCAGUGAGGACGAAGAGUGA